AUGGCCGAUGGGACCUUGUCAACCUCUGGGCAUCCAAAGGAAGGAGAUCCCCUCUUAGCACCAAGCGUGCAUUACUUGGAGACCGGAUUCUGCGAGGAGAUCGAAGCCGCUGGCUUCAGCCGCGCCUCCCGUAUCUAUGAACUUGAGCAGCAUGUGGUCCGUGCCAAGGGGGCACAGGUGCUUUGCCCCAGGGACGGUCGUUUGGGGGCUGCCUUUGUGGACACAUUGACGGGCUCCGACAAUGUCGGGCAUGCUACGCACAUGCUCUCCUACACUUGGCAGUACACGGCGGACAGCAUCAUUGGAUCCUUGAGUGCUUUCUGUCAACAGAAGAGCCUGAUUCCCGAGCAGACCUACGUAUGGAUGUGCUUUAUGGGAGUGAACCAGCAUAGGAUCCAGGAGUCGAGACUUGCUGGCUCCGAUGUUCCGUUCGAACAGCUCGCUGCCACUUUCGGGGGCCGUGUGAAAAGCAUCGGUAAGGUGAUUGCAUUGAUGGAGCCGUGGAGAGCGCCGCUCUAUUGCCAUAGAGCUUGGUGCGUCUUCGAACUCCAUACUGCUUCGGAGCAGCCCGACUGCACCCUAGAGAUCGUCAUGCCUCCUGCAGAGGCAGAAAGCUAUACCCGGGCAGUGUUCGAUGGCUCCGGUUUGCAGGAGCAGUGGCGCACUCUGGCUCAGACGCAGUUGCAGAAGGCGCAGGCCUCCGUCACCGAGGAUCGGGAUAUGAUCUUCCGCCUUGUGGAGCACAGCCCAGGAUUCUCCGAGCUAAAUCGUAGUGUGGUCCACAAGCUUCAGAGCUGGUUUGCAGACGUUGCCCAUGAGCAGAUCCAGAGGCAGAUGGAAAGCACCAGCUCAGCCGAGCUGGCAAAAGGUUGCCUUCAGGUGGCGGAGCUCUUUCGAUCCCUGGGCAACCUCGAUACUGCGGAUGGGUUGCUGCAGCGUGCUGCUGAUGUGCUGCAAGCAAGCUGCGAGUCGGAUCCUUCUUUACGUGCUGCUUUGCUGGGUGCGAAGGGCCAUGUGGCACGAGAGCGCGGAGACCUGGACGAGGCGGCGCGGCUGCUCUUCGAAGCAUAUCACAUCUUACAGGAAGCUGGCAGCUUAGAGUCCCUGGAAGCUGCGCAGAUCUGCACGCGGAUUGGUCAUGUGAAGUUGCAAAGCAAAGACCUAGAGGCGGCCGAGUCUUUCUUCAACCAGGCUUUACAAGCCCACGAGGCCUGCAACACUCUCUCCAGCUACGAUGGCGGCGCUCUGCUGCAGUCUCUUGGGCACAUCCAGCGUGAGCGGCAAGACUUGCCUGGCGCGCUCGUCAGCUAUGAACAGGCUCACCAGGUUCUUUGCACAAGCGAGCAGCUGGACUCUCCGCAGCAUGCAGCUUUGUUGGCCAGCAUUGGCCACAUUCGCCGCCUGCAGCUUGACUUUCAAGGAGCCCUGGAUUUUUACUCCGAGUCGCGACAAGUCAUGGAGUCGAUUGGCACUUUCCAGACGGCCCACGGUGCUUCUCUUCUAGUCAAUGUCGGCCACGUGUUGCGCUCACAGGGUCAGUUGGACGCUGCUCUUGCUACGUACAAGGAAGCUCGCCUCGUGGAAUGGAUACGGAUGCAGUGUUCGUAUCAAUGGCGGCUGAUGGGGCGCUUUGCGCCUAGGGCUUCGCGAGCUGUGCAGCUGCGGUUCUUGCGCAGCCAGGUCUCGGCGCCUCGGUCGCGGCGCCCCACCGGGGCCGCAGGUAGUCCGUGGAGGCUGCGCGAGGGGGCCGCUCCAGCAGAAACAUUGCUGCAGCGACUCCGGAACUGGGGACACCAGCACUCCAAAGCCAUUGGCUUUGGCGGUUACGUGCUGCUGACCGUCCAGUGGUGCAUGGAUGAUGUUUUGCUGCUGCGUUGCUUCGGGGUGGCAUGCGCUUCAUCCAUGGCGGUGUUCCUGUUCUGCCAACCGGUUCCUUUGAUGGUUCCGGUUCGUUUCAAUUUGUUGUUCAUCGCGAUCAAUGCCUACCACAUAGGCAAAAUCUUAAUGCACCGACGUGACCUCAAGCUAGACGAGGUAGAGCAGAUGUUGUGGGAUGCUGGCUUCAGCGAGUUCCUGACCAAGGUCGAGCUACGCGAGUUGCUCGCACAGGGGAAGCGAUACAGUGCAGAGGAGGGCAUGGUCGUGGCGAAAGCCGGCAUGCCUGUGGUGCAGAAAGUCAUCGCGCUGGCCAAAGGAGGAAUCGUUCAGAUGCAGGGAGGGAAAGCUAUUGCCAGCAUAGCGCCAGGGGACUUUUGGGGUGAGUUCCAGCUCGUGGAGCGAGCUCGCAACACUGGUGUGAAGCACAAGGUAACGACCGUGUUUUCCAAGAAUUCUAUCGCGGUUGAAUGGGACGCUGCCGAGCUGAACGAAUACCUGUCCUCCAAGCCAGCUUUGAAGCACAAGCUGCAGGAGCUCUUCGCUGAAGGGCUGAACUGGAAGUUCGAUAGGUUAUUGUGCAGCUGUAACACAGAUGCCGCCGAGCGCGCCUAUGUCGACGUCCUGCGUGGCAUCCUGUGCAGUGAGCACGCCUCCAUAGGAGAGACAGAGAUGGCGUUCCUGAAUCACGUGCGCCAGGUAAACGAUAUCCAGCAUGAUUGCCAUCUUGGCGCGCUGGCGGAGCUUGGCUACUCUGAGAAGGAGUUCGCCGACAUGGUUCGCAAAGGACAAAGACCUUGGUUCCUCAGGUGGCUCAAACUCGGUCGAAGCCGCAGCUCCUUGAUGCGGUCCCAAGGCUUGCAGCCUGAGCCGAAGUACAAGCGCUUCGAACCUGCCUUCCUGCCCGUGCAGACGCCCUGGUACUGGCCGGAUCUAAACGUCCAUCUAAGUGGACGUGACGAGUCCGGGUGGUCUGAGCCUGCGCACAGGUCAGAGGAAGUGAAGCGACGGGUCUCCAAUCCGAGCUUCGGAAAGCUGAUCGAGGAGCCGCUCAGCCCUUUAGGCUACGGGUUGGACAAUCGCGUACACGUGUGGGCCUUUUGA